AUGAGUGAAAUUGGAGAACAGUCUUUCUGCAGAAAAAGUAGCAGCAAUAGCAAUGGCCAGAUAGCUGAAGAUAGUAUUUGCAUCACCCCUAUAGUCAGAUCCGACCUCUGGAUGAACAGCAAGCGUGAUAAAUUUCUACGCAACGCUGAACAGCAAUAUAUCACAUCCGAUAAAGUUCACGCGAAUGAUGCUCUGCGCGCUGCGUGGGAUGCAACAAGCAAGGGUGUUGUUCUUCCCAUAGCUUCCAUCGCUGGAUCUGGACGGAGAGUAUAUGCCAAGUCACUGUACGCUGCAUCAAAGUGCGCCGUUGUUGGAUUUGUGAGAUCCAUGGGGCCAAAGAGGCAGCUUGGUGUGAAGGUUGUGGGGAACACGGGAUUAGAGAUACCCCUAUCUGGGACGAUGAGGAAGCAUUACUGGCGUGUCUACAUGCCUGGUAGAAAGGAUGCGCUAGAGCCGGAGCGCAUUGCUAUGGGCCUAAACCCAGAAGGGUGCAUACGUUUGCGGGUACUGUGUUUUUGGGAGACUGACAAGGUAAGCACUGUGAUGUUUGUUAUUAAGGGGCUUGAGAGUGACACUGAGACGAUGGGAACAUCAGGGACUUCUGCCCGGUGA